CCACUCGCCGGCAUGGAUGUCACCGGCGGAAUGAGGCCUAUUUUCGGUGGAUAUCCGUUCCAAGGACAAGGGCGGAUGAAUCAGCUAGGAGGAGUCUUUAUUAACGGGCGACCUCUCCCCAAUCAUAUCCGUUUGAAAAUCGUAGAAAUGGCCGCCGCAGGAGUUCGUCCUUGCGUUAUUUCCAGGCAACUUCGUGUCUCUCACGGUUGUGUCUCGAAAAUCCUUAAUCGAUACCAAGAAACUGGAUCUAUCCGUCCGGGCGUGAUUGGUGGUAGUAAACCGCGAGUGGCCACGCCGGAAGUCGAGGGGAGGAUCGAGGAAUUAAAGAGAGACAAUCCGGGAAUAUUUUCUUGGGAAAUCCGUGACAAACUCAUGAAGGAAGGUUUUUCAGAUCCGCCAAGCGUCAGCUCUAUCAGCAGACUUCUUCGGGGCGGACGACCAGCGGACGACGGGAAGAAGGAUUACACCAUCAAUGGCAUCUUAGGCGGCGGUCGUUGUGGUGACGACUCUGACACAGAAAGUGAACCGGGCAUUCCACUUAAGCGAAAGCAACGCAGAAGCAGAACGACGUUCACCGGCGAGCAGCUCGAGCAGCUGGAAGCUGCGUUCCAGCGAGCUCAAUAUCCGGACGUUUAUGCCAGAGAAGAAUUGGCCCAGAGGACCGGGCUGACAGAAGCGAGAAUCCAAGUGUGGUUCAGCAAUCGCAGGGCGCGCCUUCGCAAGCAUGCCGGUAGCAUAGCUCACUCGGUAGCCGGCCUGCCGCUGACACCCUGUCAAUACGCCGCAGCCAGCCACGAGCUCGCUCAGAUACCGCAAGUGCCGCAAAUGCCGGGCGGAAUACCGCAGGUACCGACGACGCUGCAUCACAGUCCGACGACGUUACACCAGGUGCCUAGCAGCGUGCACCAGGUACCCGGCGGUACCACUGUCGCUCAAAUGGCAACUACAAUGGCCCAAGUGCCCACCACGAUGAGCAGCGCUCUUCAGGGACACACGGUCGCGAUUCCCGGUCAUCUUGGCUCGCUUCCGGCACACGCAGCCUCCAUGCAACUCGCGCAGGUGUCGACGAUGCAGCCGCCGGCCGCUCACGGCACAUCGUCCCUUUCGCACAAUACCGGUAAUACGGAUUGGUCUAGAACGCAACUUGGCUGGGGGCAAUUCAACCAUUUUCAGAGCGGCGAGUACGGGUCGAGUCACACCAGUGGUCAUCAGCAUGCGAGUCAGAAUACUCAGUCUUCGAGUACUCCGAAUACCGCGCCGGACUGGUACGAUCAAGGUUACGAUUACGCUCAGCACGCUCAGCUUAAUUAUCAUCGCAGCGUGGGUGGAAUAUUUUAG